CGAUAGUGAAACUAACACGCUAGCCUUUCAGAUGUAAAUGUUAUCGGAGAACACUAUUGCCUGUGGCCUAAGCAAGGCUGUUAGCAGGGUGGCAACAGAAGCGAGCCAUAGCUUUUUGGAAUAGAAUGCUUUGGAUCUAAGUUUACUGUUUGGAAAAAAUAGCAAUCAUGCCGAAACUUGGGCGCCGGAGCGAGCAACAGCAGUUUGACUUGCAUCAUGUCAAUACAUCCACAAGGUAUGCUCCUUUUGGUACCGAAAACACACCCAUGUUCCGCUCCAAAAUAGUUGGUGGGAAACUAGUACCAGUCGUUGAGCGGCAAGUCAAUCCUGUGGUAGAUCAAGCGUUGGGUGCAGACCAGUAUACCAACAAAGGUGGAGUGAGUCCCCGUGUCUACCCUCGAGUAGAGACACUUCAUCCAAUCACUGAUAAGCCGAAUAACCUUGAUCCUGCAAUGCUCCGAGAAUACACUCGCAAACUGCACAACGUGAAUCAGGAAUUCAAUGUUGGGUACAACCAACCAACAAGUUACGCACGAGCACGGCCUGAUUCCAAAGACUUGGCUCGAAGGUAUGUCAGCCUGCCACCAAUUGACCACAAUAAAGUCAAGAACCAGAGCUCCACUGUCUUUGAGCCAGAGCCUUGGACUAGAAGGUUCCAAGACACCUCAAAUGGAAACAGCACCAGAGUCCAGGUGCCCUACGACACCAGACAGAAUUAUAACAGUGGUGGCAAUGAUGGUGGCUACAAUGCUGGUGUAAGCGGGGAUGGCUACAACAAUGGUGGUACUGGUGGAGGCUACAACGAUGGUGGUACCAGUGGUCGUUACAAUGGAGGUAUUGGUGGCUACAACACUGACAGCACUAAUGGUGGCUACAACAAUGAUGGCUACACUGGGGGUCCUGGUGGCUACACUGGGGGUCCUGGUGGCUACAACGGAGGUACCGGUGGUGGCUACAGUGGUGGACCAAGUGGUGUAAUUGUCAACGGUCGGGAAAGCCCAGCACUUUAUGACCCCAUGCCAUCGGAAAGAAGGGAUUACCAGCCAGAAAUACACCGUCGAUCAUUGACACUGGAAGAUAGGAAAUACGAAUUCUUGGCUUUAUUACCCAAAGAUACAUUUUUGCCCGAACAGCCUCUUGGCUUAACAAGGGAUGAAGAAGCCACUAUUUUGAAGAUGGUUUCUGCAGAGCUUCAAGGAGCUGAUCCUGCCAAGUUAAAAGACACAUAUCUUGAUAUUACAGAGAACUAUGACAGAACGCUGAGUGGAUGGUGCCAUUAUAAAAAUGUAUUUUUCUCUCUCAAAAACUCCAAGUUGACCUUUUCAUCAGACUUGCUGCGUUUGAUAGCUUCCAUGUUUGUAUCUCCGACCAAACUACAGGAAGUCAAUUAUGAGAAAUUCCUGUCAUUCAUCGGCACUUCAAUGAAGGAAUCAAACACCAAUGGUUUGCCAGUAGAACUUUACAGUCCUCGAUCAUACAUGUCAACUGGUAAACAAGGUCAUUACUACACAAAUCAUGUUGACGGUCCCAGGCCGUGGAGUCCUCGAGCAAGUCGUCCAUCGUCACCAUACUAUGACAGUAAUGUUGGGAAAUUACUGAAUAUGGCUGAACAGCAACUCCAAGAGGAUGGCAUCGACUUUGAGGGCCUGGUGGCACGCUUCCAGGCAGCGGACAGGGAAAUGAGAGAAACUUUGUGUGCCGAUGAGAUAAAGGCCAUUGUCUUCUCCAAGGGCGUCAGACUUCAGGAGUCGGUGGUGAACAAGAUCCUGGCUAAGUGUGAAGACCCCAAUGGAGAUGGGCAGUACAACUGGGUAAAGUUUGUGGAGUUUCUGGAGAAGGUGCAGCCAGCAAAGACUGGCCUCCACAUCCCCAGAAGUAAAAAGCCCCUGGAGUAUGCUAAGCAGGUGCCCUCUCCGGUCACAAGCUGGCCCCGAGCUGUAGAGAACAACCCUGCUGUCAAACAGGGAGCCCUGCCUAUAACACCACUGUGGAGGAAGGAUGCACCUCAUGGCAAUGAGACCUCCUUGUAUGACAAGGAGACAGAUCAGCUGAAGAGCAACAGACAAACCAUACAACAGCUGGACAACAACCUCAAGCAUCUGGAGGCUGGGUAUGAGGUGAUGAAGAAAAAACUUGCAUCACCCCGAGAUGACUCCCCAUGGUUCAAGAUGUUCAUGGAGUUUGCCAAUGCCCUGUACAAGCAGGACUCCAGGAGCUCAGGACUGCUCCCUGCAGAGGAGGUGCUCAACUGGACCAACAUGUACAACAGCUCCUACAACCUUGACAUUCCUGAUAGUGUCAUCACCUACACUCUCAGCGACUGCUCCCAAGGAGGCAACGUGAACAUCCACAAGUAUCUGACUAAAUUGGGACAGCGAGACUGGUGAUUGACGAACUCACUUGCACUACUGAAUGUGUCUGCAUACUGGAUUACUACUUUAAUUUUAGAAAGAACGUUGAAUUUAUUUCAUUUAAGCCCAAUUUGGUACAUAUUUGCAGAUGUGUUAGUGACCAGGCCACUUCCUUUAUACAGUAUUUCCUCUAGUAAAUGCCAAGGCUUAUACUUCUUUCUGACACUCUUUAUGCCUGAUGUAAGAUAAUAUAGGGGAGAAUUGGAGUUUCAUGGAGACCUCAUUUAUUUGACAAAUUUCUUUUGCCUUUUCUGAUUUUGUUAUUCAUCAAUAGAUUUCAUUGAAAUGCUAAGAAAUGGAGAAACAUUAUUUCAUUACGAUAGAUGACCAUAUUUUUUUACAAACUAUUGUAAAUAAUAUUCAAUGUGAAUCAGAGACAAGUUUAUGUCUGGUGAUAUAUUCACUGACACUGUGACAAGGAAGAAAACAUUGUUUAUUUCUUCAGCUUAAUGAUCUUCAAAACUUUAUGUGUUGAUGCAAGAAUGAAGUACACUUGUGUAAAUAUUGUACAAGAAGUAAUAAGAUAUUGAACAUAUUUUGUUAAUAAUAGAAAUUACACAUUCAAAAUGAGUCAAAAUCUUAAACUUGAACCUCUAGGAUUUAAUCUUUGAUUACGUCCGAUAUUUUUGGUGUCAACAGACUCCAUUCAAACUGUCUCAAAAUGUAGCUUUGAUGAAAUUUGUUUUAAUGGAUUAAUUAAUUCCAUUUCUUUGGGGUUUUCUCUCUUUUAAAAAAAUAAUACAGCCAAAAUAUUAUUUGACAAAAUAAUUACUUUAAAAAAAUAAAUAAAAUACUAUUUAUUAUUUUUUACAAUUAUUUAUUGCUUUUGCAAAGGUUAGGGUGCCAGUUCAUAAAGAACCUUUAGAAAUUAGUCUGGCUCAAAUAAUUUAUGGAAAUAUUUAAGGAAAUCAUAUUCUGUCUUUGAUGACUGUAUUCGUCCAUCCCAUGUGCCAUUGAAGGAUCCUUGUUUGUCUUAAGACAGUAAAAUCCUCUAUAUGUUGAUGUAUUAUCUUCUGUGAUAUCCUAUUAUUUAUUAGAUCUUCCAUUUUACCCAUAGAUUAUUUUGACUUAGUUUAUUCUCAGGAACACAUCUGUUCAUAAUAUUAAUGUGUACAUAUAUUUUAUGAUGUGGCUGUUAUGAUAUGUUGCUUAUAUAAAGAGUUAUUUAUUAUGUAUACUUAAGUUAUCUGUGAUACACAUGUUGGUAUACACUGAGAUUGAACAAUUUGUACAUUCCACAGUAAAAUAUGUAUCUUAAUUUUCGUAAUUUUGUGAUAUUUUUUAUAUAUUUUAUGGUUUUUUUUAUUGUUGCACACAUGCCAAGAUAACAUAGUUGCUAACAUGAUAUACAACUCAAAAAAAGUUAAGGAACAUACAUAUUUUUCCAUGUGACUCUAGUUAUUCUGUCAUGGCUGUCAGGUGUUCUUUAACUUCUUGUGAGUAGUAUAUGAUACUGGAAGCUUUUCCUUGCAUGAAUAGUAGGCUAUGUUUUGACAAACAUCAAAAUAUUUUCAGUUUUCCCGUCAUAUUCAAUUUACAAAUGAAUGUCAAGUUGUCUUGGUCCUCAUCCUCGUGUUAAGAAGUUAAGAUUUUGUGGUCCCCAGAAUAAAAUGUCAUACAAAACCUCACAGACUUCUGAACCCAGUAAUUUUCAACACUGCAUAUUGCAUUUUGUCUAGCCAUCACAAGUUGUUGUUUUUUUAAGAGUGACUUGUGAAUUUCGUUUUUAACUCUGGACACUUGAUAUACCGUAGUUUCCAAUGCCAAAAGAAUGUGAAUUAUUUCCUGCAGUUUUACCUACACCUGUACUAUCCAGUAAAUCUCUGCAAUUUAGAAACACAAAGCAUUGUAUUUUGCCUGUUGCAGCAAUUAACUUUCACUUAUAGCUUUUUGUGGGAAAAAAACAUGUCUGCAAAACUAGAUUUGUUUUCGAAAUCUGGCUCUUCCUUGGUGUAUGCUUUAGAUGGUUGUUGUCGUGAAUUCAAAUUGUACAUUUACUCUACACUUAAAACAUCACAAAUCAUAGUUAGAAAAGACUUCCAUUAUGAAAAUACUUUUUGUGUGUUUACUAUAUGAAUGUAUGUUAGUGUUAAAAUGUUUGUCAGAAAGACUUGACAUCACGUUUCACAAAAGGACAUUUCAAAUAUUUAGGAAAAGUUAUGUCUAUAUUAAACAUGGGACAGAAAACUGCUCGUGUCUACUUAAAACACUUGUAAGAAGUCCAAGUUUAGUAAACUUGUGUUAGGUCAGUUUAUGUCUGCUAAUGAUAUAAUAAUGCAAAGAUUACUUAUCUCCACAUUAUUCUGACACUCUUGGUCUGUGUACAUGGUGUUGAUUAAAGUUCAAACAAGAUGUUGAGUUUGGAAUUAACAAAUAUAAGUAAAACAUGCAAGUUCUGGAUGCAAUGAAGUCUGAGUUUUAAUCCAAAUUGGGACUGAUCAUUGCAAUUUUGGAGGUUGCUAGGAAAUUUCCCACCAAAGCAAUGAACUUGGGGAAAUUCUGUUAAAAAAUAAUGGUUAUUAGAUAAUGAACAAUUUUCAGAUUCUUUGUGUUGUGGAUUUACCAAAGCAAAAGAUUUGUUAGAUUAAAAAGUUACAUUCUUAAAAAAUACCAUUUCAGAGUUAGUUGCAAUAUUUUGGCCUAAAUAGAUAGAUAGUGCUAAGACCCUGGCAUUGACAAUAUGUUCUUUGAUGCCAGUUCUUGAUUGGUCCAUUCUACAUUGGACGGAAGUCACAAAACCAAGAAUGUAGAUGAAUAUCUGGAGAUAUGUCAAAGUGCUCCUUAAUACUACGCGACUGUUCUCCAUAUAAUUUCCUGAUCUGUAUUGUGUAGAAUAAAUGAGUAUUUCUAGAU